AUGGACACACCCUCCCCGCGCUAUUCUCCCCCAUGGACACACCCCCUCCCACGCUACUCUCCCCAUGGACACACCCCCUCCCGUGCUACUCUCCCAUGGACACAUCCCCUCCCACACUACUCUCCCCAUGGACACACCCCCUCCCGCACUACUCUCCCCAUGGACACACCCCCUCCCACGCUACUCCCCCAUGGACACACCCCCUCCCGCGCUACUCUCCCAUGGACACACCCCCUCCCUGUGCUAUUCUCCCAUGGACACACCCCCUCCCGCGCAACUCUCCCAUGGACACACCCCCUCCCGCGCAACUCUCCCCAUGGACACCUCCCUCCCGCGCUACUCUCCCCAUGGACACACCCCCUCCCACACAACUCUCCCCAUGGACACACCCUCUCCCGCGCUACUCUUCCCAUGGACACCUCCCUCCCGCGCUACUCUCCCAUGGACACACCCCCUCCCACACUACUCUACCCAUGGACACACCCCCUCCCACACUACUCUCCCCAUGGACACACCCCCUCCCACACUACUCUCCCAUGGACACACCCCCUCCCGCACUACUCUCCCCAUGGACACACCCCCUCCCGCACUACUCUCCCCAUGGACACACCCCCUCCCACGCUACUCCCCCAUGGACACACCCCCUCCCGCGCUACUCUCCCAUGGACACACCCCCUCCCGCGCUACUCUUCCCAUGGACACACCCCCUCCCGCGCUACUCUUCCCAUGGACACACCCCCUCCCACGCUACUCCCCCAUGGACACACCCCCUCCCACGCUACUCCCCCAUGGACACACCCCCUCCCGCGCUACUCUUCCCAUGGACACACCCCCUCCCGCGCUACUCUUCCCAUGGACACACCCCCUCCCGCGCUACUCUUCCCCAUGGACACACCCCUCCCCGCGCUAUUCUCCCCCAUGGACACCCCCCCUCCCGCGCUAUUCUCCCCCAUGGACACCCCCCCUCCCGCGCUACUCUCCCCCAUGGACACACCCUCUCCCGCGCUAUUCUCCACCUGGACAUACCCCCUCCCUGCGCUGCUCCCCCAUGGACAUACCCCCUCCCUGCACUGCUCCCCCAUGGACAUACCCCCUCCCUGCACUGCUCCCCCAUGGACAUACCCCCUCCCUGCGCUGCUCCCCCAUGGACAUACCCCCACCCUGCGCUGCUCCCCCAUGGACAUACCCCCUCCCUGCACUGCUCCCCCAUGGACAUACUCCCUCCCGCGCUACUUCCCCCAUUUUUGUGAGCAUGAUAUUCAAAUUGUUUCUAGUAAGUGA